AUGUCAAUGGAUUACAUGAUGAAGGCUGACGAACAACCGUUCGUCUCACCGCCAGUGUACUUCGGAAAUUUCGCAUACUUUGCAAAAGCCUCAUCUGACGAAUGUCGAAAAAUUGCACCCAGAAGACGAGCAUUUGAAAACUUUCGUGAAAAAACCAAAAUUCCGGAUUCCAUUAUCGAUGAUAUUAUCGGCGUUUUAGACGUUUCUGAUAUCUACCCAAUGGUGUUCAAUCGAGAAAUGGACGGUGGUCUUGAAAGAAAUGGGCUAGGCUCGCAGGCACUACUAUUAGACGAAAACUCACGUAGACGCAACGCACAGUUCAAGUCCAUCGCGCUGCGAGCUCUUCGAUAUGAUCAUAUUGACCACAGUGCAUUGGCAAGGAAAGCUCCACAUUUGCUAUUGCCUGGGGAUAGCUUCCCUAAUGAAGACAGCAAUGAAUCUAUCGAAGAUGAUGUUCCAACCACAGAGCCCGAGCCAGAACGUGAACAAGAGGGCCAUAUGGAUUGCGCAAUUAUACCAACACCGGAGUCUGUCGAAGUGAUAAACCAUGAAAAACAUUUGAUAGUCAGCGUUUCAGUGUAUCUCGGUUACACUCGCGAACUUCACUAUCACGAAAUUCGUCUCGGAAGACUUUUAAAAGUGACGGAUCGAUUGGAACUGACUGGAGAACAUACUCUUUUAGAUUUGAAGAACGCGUUUUCUUGUCCUGCGGAUUUUGCAUUCUCUGAAGAUUUUAGUGAGAAAAAGCCAACUAUCCAGGAUUUCGCAAAGAAUAAGUGGCCGUCGUCAAUGUUUUUCAUUCAUGACACGUUCUAUGUAGAGCCACAGGAUCAACCAGGAUGGGAGGAUCCCUCUGUAACUAUCAGAAACUGGGCGCAAAAGCGUAACUACAUUGGCCCUAUGAAUGUCGGAUCGAUGGUUGAUAAGAAGCUUGGAGAAUUGUUCGCUCGUCUCGGUCAGCCAUAUGUAUACAUUCAUCAGGGCGUUUGUGAACAUCUCAUCGUUUUCAAUGAUCUUUUUUUAAAAGAUGAGUCACAUCAAAACGUCAAAUACCCACGACGUCUUGUCGAGCGCAACUUCAGAAGGAUUGCGUGCGACAUUUGUAAAGAAGCAUCAGCUCAAUGGAUGAUUGUAGACCACGAAAAUCUUCUACCAAAUUCUCCUGCAUAUUUAUGUUCAUCAUGUUACAAAGAGUUUUGUUUCGACGUUAAUGGGAAUAAAGUUUGUCAAUUCAAGGCGGUUCCCUACUGCGAUCGAAAGGAUAUUGGCGACGGUGGAAAGUUCAUUUCUGAGCUACGUUUCGAAUCGAGACAAGAAAAGUAG